AUGAAGAAGGCCGAGCAGGUUCCAGAGGGCCGAGAGGGCAAAACGACCCUGCAGGCCAUGCCCGGACAAAAACUGCGCCAACCUCCCCCGGAUUUGCAUGCAGCGUCGGUGAAUCACUUCAUCGGAACUCUGACACCUGUGAUGCUGCUCCUGGACGAUGUCACGUCAAAGCUUGGCGACAUCAUUAAGGUGAACAACAUGCUGAAAACGCAGGUUGAAAAUGGAGCCGGCGAGCACAUCAUCGCUGACUUCGUCAAGCUUCUCCAGUAUCACAUCUUCACGCUCUGCGACAACACCAUCGUCGGAAUCCCGCAGGCCGGCCCUCCAACGUAG